AAGGAGAAUUCACAGAAUACAUUUUGUGGAGGAGGAGGAGAAUGUGACGUCAGAUUCGCCAUUUCUUUUAUUUAAUUGAAGUUGUGAACAGGUGAUUCAUAUCAUCACGUGUGGUUGUGUCAUUUUCCUGGACAAGUCACCACCUUAGAGUUCUGUUAAUGCCAGACAUUUGUGGUUCUUUAUAGACUUUUUGGCUCUGGUGAUAGUUCCUUCGUAUUUACUGAGUAACAUCGGGCGUUAAUUCUGCAAAAUGGUUUCUGGCGGAAUGUCGUGUGUUAAAUAUCUUUUGUUUGCGUUUAACCUGUUGUUUGCGAUCUCUGGCCUCGCCAUACUGGUGGUGGGGGCAGUCAUCCAGGAUGCCUUCUCCGACUACACGAACUUCGUGCAAGGCCAGCUGUUUGUGGCACCUGUUAUCCUCAUCGUGGUGGGGAUAAUAGUGUUUGUCGUGGCGUUCUUCGGCUGCUGUGGCGCGCUCAAGGAGAACCACUGCAUGAUAGUUACUUUUGCAGUGCUGCUGUUGGCCAUCUUUGUGCUGGAGCUUGCCGGUGGAAUCACAGGAUACCUCCUGAAGGACGAUGUCAAGGACUUGCUGGGGAAGAGCCUUAACGAGACAGCUCUCCACUAUGAGACCAAUAAGGACUACAAGAAUUCCUGGGACAUCAUGCAGACCGAUCUGAAGUGCUGCGGCAUCGUAGAGCCCAGCGACUGGAACAACAUCCUGAAAAACGCCACGGAGUUCCCGAGAAGUUGCUGCCAGAACAUGCCCACAUCAGAGCACUGCUCUGUCGAGCUGGCCAGUCCGACCGGCUGCCUCUCCGCCCUGCAGAAGUUCUUUGUGCACUAUGCUUACGUGCUAGGUGGCAUGGGCAUUGGCAUUGGUCUCGUACAGCUUAUUGGAGUCGUCUUUGCCUGCUGCUUGGCCAAGUCAAUUCGCAAGGAGUAUGAAACUGUGUGAGUAGCAUGAGUUGGAAAAAUGUUGGUAAAGAGUCUCAUUUCAAUUUGGUUUCUAUAAUAGAUCUAGACAUGAAAAUAUUGUAUUUGUAUGUAUUUUUAGGUAUGUUGCAUUUUAAAAUGUUAGCAGUAAUUCUACACUUUUGUGAGCUUAUUUCUAUUAUUUUUAGGGGUGUGCGAAUAGUGGAUUUUGAUGGUUGAAUAUUUUUGAAUCGAAUAGUAAAUUUUUUGAAUAGAAUGUGAAUAGUUUCGAAGUCGAAUAGUUGUAAUAUAUAUAUUUUUUAUAUGUUACCACACUGAAAAAACUAUAAAUUAACAAAUUAUAAUGUAAAAUUUUUGGGACAGUUUUAACUGCUAAAUCAUUUAUAUGUUAUUUGUUUUUCACGAGACUUUAUAGGAAAGAAACGUUAUACUAGUACUACAGUAACCAACCAUAUGUUAUUCUUUAAUGUAGAUUAAGAAAUAUUUAAAUAUAUUUUAAAAAUCAACGAAACAAACUACUAAUGUAAAAAAAUAAUGGUUGAACAAUUUCCUCAAAUUUUUUUAUAUAAUGUUAUCCACCACUCCAAAAUCAGUAGUAACGAGAUUGUUGAUUAUCUUAAUACAGUGUAAGAGAGUAGUUCUAAACGUAUAAAAAAUUUCAAAUUAACAAACAUUAUAAAUAGAGCAUUUCCAUUGUCUUCACAUUAAAAAAAACACUUAAUAGAAAACAAAUUACUUUCUACUUCAAUGAGAAACUAAAAUUAUUUUGAAAACUCUUCAAGAACACAUUUUGAAUUCAAGAAAAAUAUGUUUCAUGGACUAAAGGUUCAGAUUUAUUAAUACAGUUCACACGCUUCAGUUCACUAGAGUGCACUACUUUUUUUUCAAAUUCUCAUGAAGGAAAAUCAAUUCUUCAACAUGGCUGGAAAGUAAUACUUCUCGUCUGCUGCUGACGACAUUUCCUCCUGUUGAAAAUACUCGUUCACUGCUGACUUGUGUAGCUGGUAUAGCCAAAAAAUGCUGUGCCACUUCAGAGAGUAAAGGAAAUAGUUGGUAAUUUUCUUUCCACCACUGUAGAGGGUUUGCUGAUCUGGGAGUCCUAGGUAUGAUUAUAAACCUUGAUUGGAAUGGCUUUCAACCAUCCCCAUACGGACUUUGUGCAUGUUUUUGUUUGUGUGUUGGUAACAUUCUCGUUGGGUGUCAUUACCUGCGAAUCUUGUUCAAAGUUUUCACCUUAUUUCUCAGUUUUCUUAACUCUUCUUGUAGAAAUUGUUUGGCCAGUACUUUACUUUCCUCAGGCAUCGCUUCCAGCUUAAAUCUUGGAUCGAUAGCAGUAGCCAUAAGGUACAGCUUGUCUUGCUCUACCAAGGGAAAUCUUGACUUAAGACAAUGGAUGUCGAUACUUGGCCAACACGAAUGAACAAUGGCGGGUUUUCAUAUAUUUAGUUUAUACAAGAUAUUUUCUGUGAAUGAAGCCACAAAAAAAAAGUUCACUUAGUAUUUUCAAGAGUUAUUAAGGACAUGAAUUUUUAUUUCAUAUAUAAUAUUUAAUAAUUGUUAUUUAUUGUUUUAUUUUUGGUUACCACACUGGAAAAAUUAGGAUAAAAAAGAAAUGUGUAGCAUGGGAAAUCAAUUUCAUUGUACUUCAAACAUAUAUGACAGGAAAAACUCUUUGAUUAACUUCAAUACUCAAAACGAGUAUAUAAAAAGGUUUAUCAUUGAAUAAAAUAUUUGAAACAGUUAAUUUUAACGGUUUUGUAAACGAUGGCAACCGUUCAUCAAAAAUACUGUAGUCGUUGGCAUUCCUUCUAACUAUAUUAGUUUGUAAAUGGUGCCGUGUUUCAUGUUUACGUUUACCGUCUGGCUUUUGAAACAAGUUGGUUUAAUGUAGAAUGAUUUUGGUUUGGUUUUUUUCUUGAAAUGAACCUUUUAAAAAUACGUUGUGGUUAUGUUAGUAAGAAUGUAUAAAUACUUUGGAAAUUACAUUAGAAGCUGGUGAAAACCGAAGCUCUUGGAACCACCAUGAGAAAUAAAACACAGCCAUGUAAAUAUUCACAAUUUUAGAUUUUGCUAUUCGACUUACGAAUGUGAAUAGUUCGUCAGUUACUAUUCGCAACUAUUCGUGUUUACGAAUAUUCGCACACCCCUAAUUAUUUUUAAGUUUUACAUUUAUUUCUUUUGAAUAGUAGUGCAUUUAGUUCCACUUAAUUUAUGUUGGUCUAAAUUGUACAUUCAUGUGAUGUUUGAAGCUAAAUGUAAACUCUAUUUUUAUAACUCAAUUGUUGAUUCCCUUAAGACUGUCAUUACUUAUUAUCUAAUGUUUAGGUUAAGUGUAAGAUGUAAUUUUAACCAUAUAAGAUAAAUACUGUAUUUGAAAAUAUUAAAUUAUUUUUGUGUUGUGGUACACUUUUAAUGUAAAAAUGGUUAAAUAAAUAUUUUAUAAGCUGUGAUUAUACAACAAAAAUAAUAAAAAUUCUUUUAAUCCUAUUAUGUAGUGGGUGACAAUGUUUAUACUUGUAAUUUAAUGAUUCUAAAAAAAAACUAUUUAUGCUUGGUUUAGCCACUGUUCAAUUUUUUGGGUCUUUUUACAAAAUUAGAGCACGUUGUUAUUUAUUUCUAAUUUUGUGGAAAUCCUUAUUGCUAGUUAAUGUUUAUGAUGUGUUGAAUAGUAUUUGCAGUAAAUAGCAUUUGUUAAAAUGAUUCAGGGUGUCUGGAGUUUGCAAAAAUCACGAAAAUUUCCUCUAGUAAUUAUCUACAGUGCUGGAAGUCAGGAAAAUUUAACAUCCUGCAGCAUUUUACUAACUUGCAUUUUUUUUAUGCCUUACCUCAGUUUAUAGUCCCACAUUAAAUAUAAUUAGUCGGAGACUGUCCACUUAAAACUCUUGGAAAUUAACUCAAAAAAAUCUAUAAACUUUGCAUCAUAAAGACUGGCAUGACCCUGUAAUAUAAAAAUGUUUUGUCCUUAAAAUUGGUUAAACUGGUAUGAGACACCCUGUGAUUUAAGUGUUAUAACUUGAGUAGAAAUCUCUGUGUAAAUGUAAAAAAAAAAAUAUAGUAUCAAAUGUAACUAGAAUCUGUAAUGUUUAUUGUUUUUCAUUGAUGUUGCACCGUCUGUUAAAACUUAUUAGAAAAUAGAGCUUUAAUCAGAAUUUUGAUUUUAUUUUCCAAUCAUUACAUCAUGUACAUUUAUUCAGGUAAAAACCAUAUAGUGUUUCUGUUUAUAGCAUUUUUAUUAUUUCAGUACUAUGAAUAAGGACAUAUAAUUAUCGCAUAUGCGAUAAUGCAAAUUUUUUAUGAAUUCAGAUGUUUUUGGGAGAAAACUUUGAAUUACAGUAUUUACCCACGUAUGGGUUGCAGAUUUUAUGCAGAUUGUUUGUUUAAAAAAUGUACUGCGAUCCAUAUGUGAAAAUUUCCAUUUUGGGUUUUAAAAAAAAAAAAAAAACAUUGCACUAUUGUGGUGACUAUGUGCUUAAAUAACUAGCCUGUGUUGUUAGUUUUUAAUAAAUAUGUUAUGACAAAA